UGUUGUUAUUUUCUUUCGCUCCUUGCCACAGUGAAAGUGGAAACAGUUGCUAGCUUGCUAUUUCUCUCAUGUGUAGAUUUUUGGCUCCGGCUGCUGUUCCCUCCUUGUGCCGUUCCUCUGCACAGGAAAUGGAUUGUGAGACAAUUGUUGCUGGGCUUCUGCAUGACACUGUGGAAGACACAAUGCUGGUGACAUUUGAAGGGAUAGAAGACCAGUUUGGAACUGUUGUCCGGCGGAUUGUAGAGGGUGAAACCAAGGUAUCCAAAAUGGGCAAGAUGCACACCCAAAAUUCAUGCGAUGUGAAAGCUGACGACCUCCGGCAAAUGUUUCUUGCCAUGACAGAGGAGGUCAGAGUGAUUAUUGUGAAACUAGCAGAUAGGUUGCACAAUAUGAGGACGCUUUCGCACAUGCCCUCACGAAAGCAGGUUUGAUUCUCAUGCCCAGUUCUCAUAGCGAAAGUGGCUAUAGUCUUUGCUUUUCGUCCCAUCCUACUCACUGAACGUCCAUUCUUAUGACAGUCAUGGAGACGA